GGAUGAGACACUUAUUUCUUUUUGGUACUGGAGUAACAAGCUCAAGACUGUGGCUGUUGCAGCAUCUGAUAACAACGUGAACAUUUAAUUCAAAUCUGCAACUUAACAACAAACUACAUACCUAGCCUUAUUCUUUCCUGUCACCCCUGUGCUGCUGAGGGCAACACUGGAAUGCCCUUGCUGCUGGUUACCUUGUCUGGAUUCAAUCAUGGCUGACGACUCUCAGAGAAACUUUCGCUCAGUGUAUUACGAAAAAGUGGGAUUUCGUGGAGUUGAAGAAAAGAAGUCACUGGAAAUUCUGUUAAAAGAUGACCGGUUGGAUAUUGAGAAGCUUUGCACAUUUAGUCAGAGGUUUCCGCUCCCAUCCAUGUAUCGUAUACUGGUGUGGAAAGUGCUUUUAGGAAUUAUUCCUCCUCACCAUGAAUCUCAUGCUUUGGUAAUGAAGUACCGGAAGGAGCAGUACUGGGAUAUACACCAUGCUCUUCGUGUAAUUCGUUUUAUUAAUGAUUCUACCCCACAGGUAGAUGUUUUCCUCCGCAUACAUCAACUGGAAUCAGGAAAAUUGCCUCGAAACUUGGCUUUUCCAUUGGAACCAGAAGAUGAAGUGUUUCUUGCUAUUGCUAAAGCAAUGGAGGAAAUGGUGGAGGAUCCUAUAGAAUGCUAUUGGCUUGUCAGUUGCUUUGUGAAUCAGCUGAACAGCAAGCACAAAGAUUCAUUACAACAACUGCCAAAAAUUCUGGAGCAAUAUUUGAACAUUGAAGAUAACAGACUCCUGAUGCAUCUGAAAGCAUGUGCUGCAAUGAGCAAACUCCCUUACGAUCUUUGGUUUAAAAAGUGUUUUGCAGGCUGUUUACCUGAGUCCAGUUUACAGAGAGUUUGGGACAAAGUUAUUAGUGGGUCCUGCAAGAUUCUCGUUUUUGUUGCUGUGGAGAUACUAUUAACCUUUAAAAUUAAGAUAAUGGCACUGAAUACUGCAGAAAAGAUCACACAGUUUUUGGAAAAUAUUCCUCAAGAUAACACUGAUGCUAUUGUCAGCAAAGCUGUUGAUCUGUGGCGCACACACUGUGGGACUCCAGCACACUCAGUCUGAGAACUUUCUUCGCUUAUGACAGCUUGGGAAAAAAAAAAAGACAUUUGAAAAGACAUUUUAACCUCUUUCCCCAUCCUAAUGGGAUGUUUUUCAUUACCUCUUCUAUGUAAAGAUGCUAUUAAAGCAGCUAAUAGCAUAGUGAUCAAUAUGUAAAUAUUUUUCAAUAAAUACAGAUGGAA